GGCCUGCUCACACUCUUCACCCCCUCUCCUUCGAUGGGGAGGGUCGCUCCCCACUAGAAUGGAUCCCAGCUCCAUCCUGGAAGAGUUUCUCAUCAAGCGCUCUCAGCAGAAGCGAAGAACCUCUCCCUCCAAUUACAAGGAGCGAUACUUCAUCUUGACUAGAUCCCGGCUUGCUUACUACGAGUGUCGCACUGGGAAGAAGCAGGUGAUGAAGGGAUUCAUCGAUGUCUCCAAAAUCAAGUGUGUGGAGAUCGUGCUGACCGACAUGAGCCUCCCCUGCAGCUACAAGUAUCCCUUCCAGGUUUUCCAUGAGAGUUACUAUUUGUAUGUGUUCGCUCCGAGCAAAGAGAGUCGGCAGAAGUGGGUGACAGCCCUGAAAGAAGAAUCAAAGAACAACAACAUCCUGACCAACAAAUACCACCCCAACUUCUGGGCAGAGGGACACUGGCUGUGUUGUUCUCAACUCGACAAGCUGGCCAUGGGCUGCCAGUUCUAUGAUCCCAACAGGGACUCCAAGAAGCCACUUCCACCGACUCCGGUAUUGAGCAAGUGGAAGCCGCUGCCCCCGGAGCCCCUGGAGAUGGAUCUGAACACAGUGGUGGUGGCGCUGUAUGAUUUCCACAGCCGGAACGUGCAGGACCUGUCGCUGGUGAAGAACGAGGAGUACGUCAUCGUGGACAAGAACGAUGCCAACUGGUGGCAGGCGCGCAAUAAAAACGGGCAGACCGGUUACGUCCCCAGCAGCUACGUGGUGGAGAAGACCCCCGACAACCUGCAGGCCUACGAGUGGUACAACAAGAACAUUCCCCGCAACAAGGCCGAGCAACUGCUUCAGAAGGAGGAUAAACAAGGAGCGUUCAUGGUGAGGGAUUCGCGGCAGGCUGGAACGUACACCGUCUCCGUGUUCACCAAAGCCAGCAGUGACUGCAGCGCUGGGGUCAAGCAUUACCACAUCAAAGAAAUCACGGACACCCACAAACGUUACUACCUGGCCGAGAAACACGUCUUCGAUUCCAUUCCCGAGCUCAUCAACUACCAUCAACACAACGCAGCAGGUCUAGUCACACGCUUGAGGUACCCUGUGUCAUCCUGGAGGGAAACAGCCCCCUCGACGGCAGGAUUCAGUUACGGGGCCUGGGAGAUCACAGCCACUGCUCUGACCUUCAUGGAGGAGGUGGGCUGUGGUCAGUUCGGAGUGGUGCACAUGGGCUACUGGAACAACAGGUACAAGGUGGCCAUCAAGAUGAUCCGCGAAGGAGCCAUGUCAGAGGAGGACUUCAUCGAGGAGGCUCAGAUCAUGAUGAAGCUGUCUCACGAGAAGCUGGUGCAGUUGUACGGCGUCUGCACCCAGGGCAGCCCCAUCUACCUGGUCUUUGAGUACAUGGAGCACGGCUGCCUGUCAGAGUACCUCAGGAACAACCGCGGAUCCUUCAGCCGACAGACGCUGCUGGGAAUGUGCCAGGACGUGUGCGAGGGGAUGGAAUACCUGGAGUGCAACAAAUUCAUCCACAGGGACCUGGCAGCACGGAACUGUUUGAUUGGAGAUUCGCUCAUAAUUAAAGUGUCUGAUUUUGGGAUGACAAGGUUUGUCCUGGAUGAUCAGUACACCAGCUCCUCCGGCUCCAAGUUCCCGGUCAAGUGGUCGGCUCCUGAAGUUUUCCGAUAUUCCAAGUUCAGCAGCAAGUCUGACGUCUGGUCGUUUGGGGUGCUGAUGUGGGAGGUGUUCUCCGAGGGGAAGAUGCCGUACGAUAACUGCUCCAACUCCGAGCUGGUGGAAGAAAUUGCAGCGGGAUUUCGCCUUCACAAGCCGAAGAUGGCCUCGAGUUCAAUCUACAAAGUCAUGUCUUGCUGUUGGUUUGAGAGACCCGAGGACAGGCCUUCGUUUUAUGAACUCCUCAAUGAAAUAAGCGAGCUUUCUGAAUCGGAGGACCCAUAAACGGACAGUGGAGAUGGUUCGCCUUGGAAUGGACCGUCUGGCACACAGGAACACUCCGAAUACCGGGCAACAGUUAUUAAAUAUUUAUUUAUUACUUAUUAAAGUAAUUUUGACUUGGUGAAUGCACUCCUGUGGAGGUAGAACCCUCGGGAGUUCUUGGGCACAAUAUGGGCAAUGGCCAUUGGUAUUUGAAGUAGGAAUCCCGUUUGUUACCAACACUGACUGGCACUGAGGCCAACUCCAGACCCAGGCAACAGAAGCACACAGUGUGUGGACAAGCCUUCUCCUUCACCCCCUGCCAGUCCACCCACCACCUUCCCUGCUCAACAUGUCUCACCGUCAAUCUCUCUCCCAUAUUCACCGCUCCCACACAAACCUGUUCAUCCUGACCUUUGUAACUAACUCUGAUUCUCAGCUUUGCUGGAGGUAGUUCCAUGUCCUGCUGCCCUGUGUGAGGAGCUGAUCCUUCUCAGUGCCCUUCCAGGCUGCCCAAGUCUCUCCCCCCUUGGCUCUAUCACCACCGAAUCACUCUUCACUCUUUGCCAUUGGGCAAAUGGGAAGCUUAGGAAUGGGGGAGGCCAUUUUGUGCCUCAAAUCUCUCAGCUGUUCAAUGGGAUCAGGGAAGAGGUGUGAUCCUAGUUCCUUGCUCCAUAUUCAGCACCAACCCAGGUCUGUCCAUCUGAGUCACGACUUCUCCACACGAGCCCAGGUGUUACCAUCUGCUGGGGAGGAGUGGUCUGGUUUCUCAACACUGUGUAAGAGCUCAACCAUUUUGAUUGGAGAUUAAGUUGCAAAACAUUAGAUAAAAAGAAAGCAACAAGUGCAAGACUCUGAAUCAAUUGACAGCCACAUGGAGUGGAAAUGAGAAUCGGCCAUUUCUGGCCUUGUGCCUGCGCUCUGCCCUCUGUCCCUGACCUUCGACUCUCUUGUGAUGACCACACAGGAAGUGUUCACACUUCGAGUAAAUAAAGUAAACAAGCACGUAGAUCGGGUGGUGAGGACGGUGUACGGCAUGCGUGCCUGCAUCAAUCAGGGCAUUGACUACAAGAGUCAGGAAGCCACGUUGCAGCUUUAUAAAACUUUGUUUAGGCCACAUCUGGAGUAUUGUGGGCAGUGCUAGUCGCCCCAUUACAGGAGGGAUGUGGGGAGGGGGCAGGAGAGGUUCACCAGGACGCUGCAUGGAUUAGAGGGCAUGAGCUGUAAGGAGAGGUUGGACAAACUUGGUUUGUUUUCUCUGGAGCGGCGGAGGCUGAGGGGAGACCUGAUAGAGGUUUAUAAAAUUAUGAGAGGCAGAGAUCGGGUAGAUAAUCAUAGUCUCUUUUCUGGGCUAGAAAUAUCAAAUACUAGAGGGCAGAGCUUUGAGGUGAUGGGGGAAAGGUUUAAGGAGAUGUGCAGGGCAAGUUUUUUUUACAGAGAGAGUGGUGGGUGCCCGGAACAUGCUGCCAGGGGUGGUGGUGGAAGCAGAUACAAUAGUGGUGUUUAAGAGGCUUUUAGACAGACACAAGAACGUGCAGGGAAUGGAAACAUAUGGAUCACAUGCAGGCAGUGAGAAAUUUUGUUUAAUUUGGCAUCAGGGUCAGUACAGAUAUUGUGGGCCGAAGGGCCUGUUCCUGCGCUGUACUGUUCUAUGUAGCUGAGCUCCCUGAGAUGAACUGAGUCACCAUGCAGUGAACACCCCAUCAUUCUCCUGUGAAUUUGGGAAACUUUUUUGGGUGAACAAAAUCUAAUUCAGAUUUUUUAAACUAGAUUAUUUUUCAAUUUCUGUAACUCUUGGACAUCAGAGACCUGGUUUAAAUCCAGCGGAGAGCUGACUCCUCUGCACCAGUCCCACCUCAAUGGUCAAACUGAUCAGAAGAAACAAGUGUGUUUCGACAGCUGCUGCGGAGAGAUCAGGAGCUAUUUAAGGCGGUUGUCAUGGGAUUCAGUAGACUGACUGACACUGAGCAGCUCUGCAUUAAGUCCUGAUGUGACUCCGCUCUCUGCAUGGAGUGACCCAGAGCUCAAGGUCACAGACAUGGCUUCCGGUCACAGGAAAACGGGGAUCAAAGCCUGAAAAUCCCAGCACCCCAAGGUCGUACCCCAGAGCGGUCCCUGAGGCCGUUCCCCAGAGCAGAUCCUGAGGCCGUACCCCAAAGCAGACCCCGGCACCCCGAGGCCAUUCCCCAGCGCAGACCCCGCAGCAAGGUUAACAUUUACAUUUCUACAGCACAAUGGGAGAUCCGGAAACACUUUGCAACCAAGUACUUGGUGAAAUACAGGAAAUUGCGAUUUUAUUUCCUUUAUCAGGGCAGUACGUUGACACAGCAGGUAGUGCUGCUGCCUCACAGCUCCACAGACCCAGGUUGGAUCCUGACCUCAGGCGCUGUUCGUGCGGAGUUUGCACGUUCUCCCUGUGACUGUGUGGGUUUCCCCCGGGUGCUCCGGUUUCCUCCCACAUCCCAAUGAUGUGUGGAUCGGUGGGUUAAUUGGCCACUGUAACUUGCCCCCAGUGUGUGGGUGAGGGGUGGAGUGUGAGAGAGAGAGAAUAGGUCAUGGGAAUAAGUGUGGGUUUGGGAGAGAUGGGAUUGAUCUGAGAGUUGACCAAUUUGCAGGAGAAUAAAAGAUGAGAGUAAAUAGAUAUCUGGGAAGAGAAGAAGCUGGUGGGAUCUCAGAGAUUGAGCUAGGGGCUUCCAGAGGUAGUCUCCACGGAUCUGGACUUGUGGGAAUGUGAUUUGGGGAAUGUGGAUAGAGCCAGUGGGGCUGGGAAACAGCACAACACGGCUCGGGAAGGGAAACCACGGAUGAGGAGGCAACGUACGGUGAAGUCAGUGGCAGUUGCAGGAACAAUCUCUGAUCAAAUCAGUGGACAGACUCGUGGAGGCAUUUGGUGCUGAUGUUACAAAUCAAUCCAGUAUUGAAACUGAACCGAUCAGUGACGUGUGGAUUGAAGCCGAUCAAACAAGGGCUAAACUCGUCGUGACUAAACUAAAAAAAGGGAUGGAAAGUCUACACUGGUGUGAUGUCUCUGUGGUGAUCAACCUUCGAACAGACAGAGCCCUGUAUAUCUAGGACAUAGAGAGAGAGAGAGGAAGCCCCAUGUCUGGGACGAGGAGAUCAGACCUGGGCAGUUCAACAUUGUGCAUCUAGUCA